GAGUAAUUUCCGAACUGCGUUUUUGCGCCUUUGCCUUGAAGGGCAUUUCGGGAAGAGGGCGCCUUUUGUUGUGUUUGUUUAGAGUCCAAAAUAGUUAUCUGUACUCCAUCCGUAGUAACAGCAAAUGCGAUUCUCGCGAUAUUUUUGCGACAGUCAAGACUUCCGGAUAAUGACGAGUGGGCGGAAAGAGGAUCUGAAUCGACGGACUGUAAAAUAACUCUUACAAAUGGGAAUUAUGCGUAAAGAAAUAGUAACAACAGUGCUGUGACAGUUUUAUUUUUUGAUUUUUAGCGGGUUUAACAGAUAGUUUUGUGUUUUAAUUGUAUUGUGUGAGUAUAUUAUAACUGCACACACUACGCAACAUUUACUUUGUUGAUCGUAAAAGGACCUGGCGUGUUUGGAAGAAAGCCAUUGAAUGUCGCUUUCACGAGCCGUACAGAUUUCACGGUGAGAGAUAUGGAUUAAACAUCGUCGAAAUGACCCGCCACGUUUGCGUAGGGGCGGUUUUGAUGCUGUUAAUCAACAUCGAGGGGACAUUCUGCUUAUAUCCGCCUCAGGAUGUCAAGUUAGUCGGAUCAUAUCUGCAGUGGAAGAAGCCUCCGGAUGAAGAUAGUGUGCUGUAUUUACUGCAGUAUAAACAUGGCUCCAAAUCAGACGAUGAAUGGUACAAUGUGAUGAGCCAUAACGAGACCGAGUUAAGAUUUAAAAUCACUCCCGAGUUUUAUGAAGCAGUAUUUCGAGUACGCGCAGAGAAAGGAUACAACAUGUCUGAAUGGCAAUAUUCAAAGAAAGUCCAGUGUGUAAAUGCUAACUCUUGUGUUCCUGUGAUGAAACUGUCUGUAAAACCUGAAAAGGUUUAUGUGACUAUGGAGCAUAUGGACGAGAGCUUGGAGAAAGAACAUGGAGAAAAUAUACAAUUUAAUGUAUCAUUCUGGAAAGUGGAUAAUGGAGGAUACUCGAAGGUAGAGUUUAUUAUUACAAAUAGCAGGAAACAAAAACUUGAACUGGAAUCAGGGCAAAACUACUGUUUCCAGGUUCAGUAUCUCUUCUAUGAAAAGCCUUAUGGAAAUGUUAGCAACCAAAGUUGUGCAAUCAUCCCAGAACCGCCGGAAAUGAUAAAGAGCCGUGAUUUGCUGUUUAUUAUAUUAACUACACUGCUUUUUACGGCCAUGUGUGGAGUCUGUAUUUUUCUGCUUUUUAAACACCAUAAAAAGGUCAAACAGCUGUUACAGCCACUCCGCCUGGAAAUUCCUGACCAUUAUCUAGAGUUUUUAAGGUCUGGGGACGGGGAGUUUCCUCUGCAGGCAUGUCCAAGUCCCAGCAGUCAAAGUUUACAGUCAUGUGACAUGAUCAUAGUAAUAGAGAACAGCAGUGUGAAGCAGAAAGGCCAAGAAGAGGAACAAGUUUUUUAACUUAAUGAUUGUGUUUGUCUUUAUGCAUAUAAAGUGCAUUUACUUUUUUGGGGGUAAACAAUAUGCUUUGCACAUCACUAACAAACUAUUCUUAUAAAUUCAAAUCUGUACUGUGUAAGUGCAGAUUUUUUUAAAUACCGGUCCAGGAUCAGAAAACAGUUAUAUUAGUAAGAGGGUAUAUAUUGCUGAACACAGAAUAUAAUUUGCCCCCCCCUUGAUUUCAGCUAUUUGGGUUAGAUUAGAUAACAAUGUUCAAUAUGUCUAGCUCUAUUAACACUAAAUAUGAAAAUCAUUGUUUGUUGCACCAGUUUUAGGACAAUGUAAUCGCUGUCUGCCUCUAAUAUACAUAAGUAUCUAGGAUGGGAAAAGCAGGGGUUGAGCACAAGUAAAUAAUUAAAUUCCUGCCCAUAACAUUUAAAUAAGUUUAAAUGUAUAUGAAAUCUGCAAAUCACUGUAAUAAUUUAAUUAGCUUGUUAUUGUUUGGCACUAACUGUGAUUGGUCGCUCCAUUUGAUCCUCUGUUAUUUCUUCCCUGUUACAACCCAACUUCUGUUACAACACAAGACACAAGUGCUCAGUUUUUAGUAUUGCAUUUAGUAUUUAGUUACCUUAAUGUUAUUUAAAAUUCCUUCUAAAUAGCAGUAUACAUUUGGUCUUGUCUUCCCCACUUCUUGUAUAAGUAUAUUUAUAUAUUUUCUAUUUCUGAAUGUCCUUUUUUUGUGAAAUUUACUUGGUUGUCAUAAUUUAAAAAAUAUAUAACAUUUCAUGUAACGAAUGCAGUUAUCUACACUGAUGGAUUCUAUAUGGAGGAAAGGAGGAUCUUUGAGGAGUAGUGUUAUCUUGGAAAAGUAUGUGCCAGAGCUUAUUUUAAUUGCAUGUUAAAAUUGGUUUGCUUUUGAUAAAAUGUUGAGCUUGUUUAUAUUUUUAUGUUCUUGUAAAAAUAAAAAAUAAAGUUAUAGUGUGAAAGCCUUAAUUUGUCAUAGUCGCCAUGCAUUUGACAAGCAAUACCAACUAAGUUAGUAGUUGUUGUGGUCAAUAUUUUUACACAGUAAACUGCACUUAACAUAAUAGUAUAGUUUGAUAAAUUAAUUUUAUAUAAUGUAUCAAUGAAAAUAGUCUUUGAGUUUUGAAACUACUGCUAAUUGAGAAAAAAAACACUUGCUGUGUUUUCAGUUUAAGCCAGAGAUCAGACAUUUGUCUUUGUAACUGAAAUCCCUGAAUAAUGUAAAUGUUUGUCUGCUUUUCUUGUUUUGCUUUUCUUGUACAGAUUUUGUAUAAACUUGCUCAAGAGGAUUUGUGCAAGUUUCAUAAUUGUGAAAAAAGGUGAUAGAAAUAAAGAAAAGAAACGGGG